UAGAGAGGGAGGAGGUCCCACUUUUCGCCGAGUAUUACAUGGAGAGAAAGUGAGAGAUUUCACUUUAAGUCUCCAAACAGCUCCCCUUCGAAGGCGCGGCGGUUUGCUGUCGGGAUCGCGACAAACAGAAAGCGAACAGAGCUGCCCUGUGUCAGGAUCAAGGAGAGAUUCAGGGGAAGUUUUCAGAGGAAACGAGACUGCGCCGGACACUAGCGAGCGGAGGUCUGCUGUUGGGACGCACAGGGAGAGAGCGGGGGAAACAGAGACGGCUCUGUUGUGCGGAUUUUAAUGAAAUACAGCAGCUGUCGGACACACGCCUGCAACCUCUACCUACCCCGAGUUAGAUGCGUUUGACUUUAAGAUGCGGAGCGACCCCAUACUGUUCGCCUCGAGGGCGAUGGAGGAGUUGUUGGCAGAGUUGCGGGUCUUUCUGGAGUUGUUGGACAGAGAGUAUUUAACUGCUGGAGUGAGAGAGAAGAAACAGCAAAUAUUAAACAUCCUGCACAGAGUACUAGCAACUAGAGAGCCCUCAUGUAAGACAGAGAUACACACCUCUCUCCCGGCUCCUCCUCAGAUGCCCCUACCAGAGAUUCCUCACCCCUGGAUGCCUCCAGACAAUGGGCCUCCUCCUUUGCCAAGCUCCUCUCUUCCUGAAGGAUAUUAUGAGGAAGCCGUUCCGCUGGGUCCUGGGAAAGCACCAGAGUACAUUACCUCUAAUUAUGACUCUGAUGCCAUGAGCAGUUCGUAUGAGUCAUACGAUGAGGAAGAGGAGGAUGGGAAGGGGCAGAAGAUGCGUCAUCAGUGGCCAUCUGAGGAGGCCUCCAUGGACCUGGUGAAAGACGCACGUAUCUGUGCGUUCCUGUUGCGAAAGAAACGCUUUGGACAAUGGACCAAACUGCUCUGUGUCAUAAAGGACAACAAACUGUUGUGCUACAAGUCCUCCAAAGACCAGACUCCACAGAUGGAGCUCCUCCUGUCUGGCUGCAGUAUCACACACAUUCCCAAAGACGGCAAGAAAAAGAAGCAUGAACUGAAGAUCGUCCAUCAGGGAGCUGAUGCUUUGGUGCUUGCCGUACAGAGCAAAGAACAGGCCGAAGAGUGGCUAAAGGUGAUGAAGGAAGUCUGCUCUAAUGGAAAUGGAGUGAUGGACUGUGAUGGAGCUGGCUCUGGUUCCCCUGUUCACAAAGCAGAGCUGGAGAAGAAGCUGUCCUGCGAUCGUCCCAGUUCAGAUGGAGAGCCUUGUCAUGAAAAUGGCAUCUCAGAUGGCAAAGAUCCAGCCAAAGGCAAGAAGAACUCUAAAUCAGAGCAGAAAGGCACCGUGGGACGUGUGACUGGAAAGAAAAUCACUAAAAUCAUAAGCCUGGGCAAGAAAAAACCUUCUACAGAUGAACAGACCUCAUCGGCAGAGGAGGAUGUCCCCACGUGUGGCUAUCUGAACGUGCUGUCCAAUAACCGCUGGAGAGAGCGCUGGUGCCAGCUAAAAGACAACCAGCUGUUGCUGCACAAGGACCGGGCAGAUCUGAAGACACACAUGGCCUCUCUGCCGCUGCGGGGGUGUGAGGUCAUUCCAGGGCUGGACUCCAAACAUCCCUUUGCCUUCCGUCUGCUGCGCAAUGGACAGGAGGUGGCUGUUCUGGAGGCCGCCUCCUCUGAGAGUAUGGGAAGGUGGUUGGGGGUCUUGCUAGCCGAAACGGGCUCAACAACAGAUCCUGCUGCACUGCACUACGAUUACAUUGAUGUCGAAACCACUGCUAAUGUCAUUCAGCUGGCCAAGCAGUCGUUUUGUUUCACCAGUAAGCGUGCAGUUUCUCCAAACCCAUACCUGGAUAACCCAGUCAAUGGUUACGCCUGUCCCACAGGGGUCGCUCUGCAUUAUGAUGAUGUGCCCUGCAUCAAUGGAUCGCUCAAGGGAAAGAAAGGCCUGAUCACCAAUGGGUUCGCUGCAAAGCAGAAGUUGGACAAGAACCAGGCCAAAAAGUCCAAUGGAAUCAGCAGCACUGUUCCAGUGAAACGCAACAACUCUAGUGCGGAUCAGUAUAAGUACGGGAAAAACAGAGUGGAGGCAGAUGCCAAGAAACUCCAAGCGAAAGAGGACGAGCUGAUGAAGAGGAAGCAGGAGAUUCGAAACCGCCUGACCCAGCUGAAGAAAGACAGGAAGGACCUCCGCACUGCUAUAGAGAACAACACAGGUAAGCGCUCACAGGCAUCUUUGACAGAGAGACUUAAGAAAGUGGAGGAUGAAUGCAAAUCAAAAGAGGAAGAACGAGUCAAUCUGGAACUGGAGCUGACGGAGGUGAAGGAGAGUCUGAAGAAAGCCUUGAAUGGAGGCGUCACCCUGGGCCUGACCAUUGAACCCAAAACGGGCAGCUCCAGCCCACAGUCUCCAGUGCUAAUGAGGCGAACAGUGGACAACUCACCCAUUUCCAGCUGUGACACCAGUGACACUGAGACCUGCUCUCUACCAGUCAACAGUGCAUCUCUGUUGCGGCGUCAGACACAACAGAAAGCCUCACCUGUGCGAGGACACGUCCUCAGGAAAGCCAAGGAAUGGGAGAUGAAGUCUGGCACAUAAGUUCUUUUCCGCCAACUUUUCAUUUUUCGCUAUAUCUAUUUAUUUAAUUUUCUCCAUGUAUGAGUGUUGUUGAAAUUUAAUUGACUGAACCAUAGACACAAUAUUUUCCAGAAUUGAUUCUGGAAGACUUUGGCUGAGUCCGGUGCCCGGUGCUGAAUAUCAUUAUAGCACUAUCCCUGGAUCAUGAUCUGACUAAAGUGACUUACAAAUGAGGAAAUCUCAAGGAAUUUGUCAAAUAGAGGCCAACAGUAAUGUCACAAAACCAAAUUUAUAUACACUACCAUUCAAUAAUUUGGGGUCAGUAUAAUUUUUUGGGGGAAUUGAUACUUUUGUUUAGCAAGGAUGCAUGAAAUUGAUCUAAAGUGACAGCAAAUUAAUGCUGUUCUUUUGAGCUUUGUUCAUUCCACCCCAGAAUGAACAUUUUGUCAUUAAUCACUUACCCCACGUCAUUCCAAACUCAUUAAAGCUUCAGUCAUCUUUGGAACACAAUUUAAGAUAUUUUGGAUUAAAACCAGGAGGCUUGUGACUGUACCAUAGACUGCCAAGUAAAUAACACUGUCAAGGUCCAGAAAAGUAUGAAAGACAUCGUCAGAAUAGUCCACCUGUCAUCAGUGGUUCAACCGUAACGUUAUGAAGCGACAAGAAUAUUUUUUGUGCGCGAAUAAAACUAAAAUAACGACUUUAUCAAACAAAUUGUGUCCUCUGUGAUUUGUUUUCUACGUAUAUUUACGUUUUGAUUUGAAAGCAAACAGUGCAUCCUUGUGGCUCGGCUGACACAGGAAAGACACAGAGGAGACAAAUUGUUGUCGUUAUUUUUUGUUUUAUUCGCGUACAAAACAUAUUCUUGUCACUUCAUAACGUUACGGUUGAAUUACUGAUGGCAGAUGGACUAUUCUGACGAUGUCUUUCAUACUUUUCUAGACCUUGACAGUGUUAUUUACUUGGCAGUAAAUGGGACAGUCACAAGCCUCCCGGUUUUCAUCCAAAAUAUCUCAAAUUGUGUUCUGAAAACGAACAAAGCUUUUAUGAGUUUGAAAUGACAUGGGGGAAGGGAUUAUUAUUAAUGACAAAAUGUUCAUUUUGGGGUGAAGUGUCCCUUUAAGGAAUCCCCAAAAAAGUGUAGCAUGGUUUCCACAAAAAUAUUCAGCAGCACAACUGUUUUCAACAUUUAUAAUAAUAACAACAGAUGUUUCUUGAGUGUCAAUUCCUGAAUGACCAUGUGACACUGAAGACUGGAAUAAUGGCUGCAGAAUAUUCCGCUUUGGAAUUAAAAUAUAUUAAAACAGAAAGCAGCUAUUUUAAGUUGCACUAAUAUUUCACAAUGUUACUGUUUUCCUCCAUUUCUAAUCAAAUAAAUGCAGCCUUGGUGAGCAUAAGAGACCCAACAUUUUUUAAUGGUAGUGUAACAUUAGAGGAAAGAGAAUUUUAUUCUAAUUUUAUGUUAUCAUGAAAACAGAACAUCUCAGAUUAUGGUCCACAAUUUUCAAUCUAAAUAUAUUAUGCGCAAAGCUCACUGGUCUCAGUCAGUAAUCACUUAAACGUCUAUAAAGUCUGUUUCUUUCUUCAACAAGAGUCCUUUAAUGGAAGACAAAAUCAUCAAGUAUUUAUUUGUAAAUGUUUAAAUAAAUAUAAGCCACUCUG